AAUUAGAAGGCCAGCGACCCGGAAGUAGUAGUGUCGGUUCAGUUGCUACCUACUCACCUAGCCUCAACAAUAGCUCGUGAAUAUUGUUAAUAACUCUCUUUAUAGCUUUCACGUAUAGUAGACGCGUUUACCGUAUUAAUACAAAACAAAUCUCACAAAAUUGUUGCUUGGCUGAAUGCGACUCUAUGUAAAGUUAACGUAGCUUACAAAGGACAACGUUAGCCUUUAGCUAGUAGCGUAACGUUACCGCACUGAAAAUGCGCAUGUGAAUGAAAGAUAUUUACGUUUCACAGGUUGUGAGAUUAAUUAACAACAUAUUAAGUCAUGUCUACUGGCGCUGAUGUCAGGGAUAUUCUGGAGUUGGCUGGAGGAGAAAAUGACGGUCCCAUCAGCAAGAAAGAUCUCAUUAACUCAGACAAGGUGAAAAAAAACGAAGAAGACAACAGAAACGCUGACCUUCAAGAGACCUGAGGGGAUGCACCGAGAGGUCUAUGCUCUGCUCUACUCAGAUAAAAAAGAUGCACCCCCUUUGCUGCCUAGUGAUACUACUCAGGGCUACAGGACAGUUAAAGCCAAGCUGGGCUGUAAAAAGGUGCGACCUUGGAAGUGGAUGCCCUUCACCAAUCCAGCUCGCAGGGAUGGGGCUAUAUUCCACCACUGGAGACGUGUGGCAGAGGAGGGCAAGGACUACCCUUUUGCCCGGUUCAGCAAGACAGUGCAGGUACCAGUGUACUCUGAGCAGGAGUACCAGAUGCAUCUCCAUGACGAUGGCUGGACUAAAGCAGAGACAGACCACCUGUUUGACCUGUGCAAGCGCUUUGACCUGCGCUUUGUAGUUGUCCAUGACCGUUAUGACCACCAGCAGUACAGAAAACGUUCUGUGGAGGACCUGAAAGAACGAUAUUAUACCAUUUGUGGUAAGCUGACCAAGGUGCGUGCUGCUACAGGGACGGAGCCCAAGAUCUACAUCUUUGAUGCCGGCCAUGAAAGGCGCCGUAAAGAGCAACUGGACAAGCUCUUUAAUCGCACACCUGAACAAGUGGCAGAAGAGGAAUAUCUCAUUCAGGAGCUAAGGAAGAUUGAGACAAGAAAGAGAGAGCGUGAGAAGAAGGCCCAGGAUCUGCAGAAACUUAUUAAAGCCGCUGACACAACCACAGAGUUAAGGCGAGCAGAAAAGAGAGUUUCUAAGAAGAAACUACCACAAAAAAGAGAAACCGAAAAACCGGCUGUUCCAGAAACAGCAGGCAUCAAGUUCCCUGACUUCAAAUCAGCGGGAGUCACACUGCGCAGUCAGAGGAUGAAACUGCCAAGCUCUGUAGGCCAGAAGAAGAUCAAGGCCAUUGAGCAGAUCCUGCUAGACCAAGGAGUGGAUCUUAACCCCAUGCCCACAGAGGAGAUUGUUCAGAUGUUUAAUGAACUUCGUAGCGACUUAGUGCUGCUGUAUGAGCUGAAGCAGGCCCACAGCAACUGUGAAUACGAACAACAGAUGCUGCGUCAUCGCUAUGAGGCCCUUCUGAAGGCUGGCAGUGGAGGCGGGUUUGGUGGUACUAUAGGGGCUGGACCCCCAGCUGCGACACAGGUUGGAGAAGUCAAUGCCACCAACAGCAAUACAGCAUCCACCCCAGGGGGUGAAGCUCCAUCCUGGCCCAGUGCAGAUGACAUCAAGUUGGAAGCCAAGGAACAAAUCAUUGAUGUUGUUGGAGCACCACUUACCCCCAACUCACGCAAACGGAGAGAGUCGGCAUCCAGCUCGUCUUCGGUGAAAAAGGUGAAGAAGCCUUGAUGAGCACCAGAGCACCAGCUGGUACACGGUGGGGAACAAAGGACCGUGUAAGUUACUCUGGUCAUUGCAGAGACAACCACAAGUUUUAUGGUUGGACAAGAGGGACACGGGAGCAGGACACAACAUUACGUAGAAGCACCACUGACGAG